AAAAACAUAACCUAUAAUACGUGUUGAUAUAUAUAACAAUUCCGCUUUUUAUUAUAUUACAGUGAAAUGAACUUUGUAACGGCACAUUCAACCCGCGAUGAAAAUAUAUGACGUUUUGACAACUUUUCCUAACCUAUAACUUAAAGUUUUCUUGUUUUUUAAGGAAAAUUCGAAAAAUGUGGCAAAGGGCAAGACUGGUGCUAACAGCUAAAAAAUUAAAAUCUCGGUGGAAAGAGGCGAGAAAUUUCGCAACGUCAAAAAAAAUGACCAAAGUAAAUAAUGUAGAAAAUGAGGAUCCUCCCAAAGAUUCUCAAGUAGUAAUUUGUGGAGGUGGGGUAAUGGGAGCCGCUGUAGCGUAUCAUUUGGCACUAAUGGGACUUGGAUCUCAAACUGUGAUAGUCGAGAGUAGUAGGCUGGGUGGAGGAACAACCUGGCACGCUUCCGGUUUGGUUGGUGCUUUUAAGCCAAGUUUAGCUCAAUCAAAAUUAGCACAAGAUAGUAUCGCUCUAUACAAGGAUCUCGAUAAGAAAGGACUUGCAACUGGUUGGAAACAAUGUGGAAGUCUUUCUUUAGCCCGCACGAGAGAUCGAAUGACCGUUUUCCGAAGAAUGAAAGCACAAUCAGUUUUAAGAGACAUUGAAUGCCAUUUAGUUUCUCCAGAAGAAGCAAAAAAAUUAUGUCCUCUUCUCCAAGUCGAUGACUUGUUCGGUGGUUUGUGGAUACCUCACGAUGGUGCUGCUGAUCCUUAUCAAAUUUGUUUAACGUUGACUGAAGAAGCCAAAAAGAAAGGAGUCAGAAUAUACGAGAACUGUAAAGUACAAAAGGUGUUCAACCUCAAUGGAAAAGUAAGAGGAGUGGAGACAAGUCGGGGCAAAAUUGAUUGCGAGCAUUUUAUAAAUUGCACCGGAUUUUGGGCUCGAUCCGUUGGGAAACUAAGUGAGCCUCCUCUUAAAGUCCCCCUGCAUCCAGUAGAACAUUACUAUCUCCAUACGAAACCAAUCAGUGGUUUGGAUCCGAUGACGCCUGUGGUUCGAGAUUUGGAUGGGUACAUCUACUUUCGAGAGCACAAAGGUCGAAUUUUAGCUGGUGGCUUUGAACCUAUUGCUAAACCGACUGUCGAAAUUGGAUUAAUUCAAGAUUCCGCAGAGGAAAGAUAUUUACCUGAAGACUGGGAUCACUUCCACGUUUUACUAGAGCAAAUGCUUCAUCGGAUUCCGAGUUUGGGAAACGCAGUUUUGGACAGAUUGUGCAAUGGACCAGAGGCAUUCUCACCGGAUUGCAAAUGGAUUGUCGGAGAAGCUCCUGAAAUACAAAAUUAUUACGUAGCAGCUGCAAUGAAAACGGUGGGAAUAUCAGCUGCGGGAGGCGUUGGAAGAGCGACUGCUGAAUUAAUUGUCAAUGGGGAAACGUCUCUAGACAUGUACGAGUUGGAUAUUUCUCGUUUCCUCGGAUUACAUAAUAAUCAAAAAUUCCUGCGUGAUAGAGUUAGAGAAGUUCCUGGAAUGCAUUAUGGAUUGCAGUAUCCUCAUCAUGAAUUCAAAACCGGAAGGAAUUUGAGAAUGUCUCCUAUUUAUCCGAAGCUUAAAGAAGCUGGUGCUGUUUUUGGUCAAGUGAUGGGAUACGAAAGACCCUCGUGGUUUGUAGAAGACCUCCAUGAUGAAAACGACGUGGAUCCACUCGACGGAACUCGGAGUUACAAAAUCGCUUAUACGGAUACAUUUGGAAAACCACCUUGGUUUGAAUGCGUUGCUCAUGAAUACGCAGCUUGUCGAGAAAAGAUUGGAUUAAGCGAUUAUUCUUCUUUUACGAAAAUCGAUUUAUGGUCGAAUGGUUUAGAAGUGGUGGAUUAUCUACAAUAUCUGUGCUCGAACGAUGUGGAUGUACCGAUCGGAAGUAUUAUUCACAGUGGUAUGCAGAAUAAUCGAGGUGGAUAUGAAAACGAUUGUAGUUUAGCUCGAAUUAAUGCAAAUCAUUACAUGAUGAUUGCCCCUACAAUUCAACAGACGCGAUGCAAAACUUGGCUCAAAAGACAUUUGCCUUCCGAUGGUUCCGUAUCUUUUUCUGAUGUUACUUCAGCAUAUACUGCAAUUUGUAUCAUUGGACCUUGCUCGAGAAGCGUAUUGUCUGAACUGACCGAUACAGACCUCAAUCCAAAAAACUUUCCCUUUUUCACGUACAAGGAAUUAGAUGUUGGUUUAGCCAAUGGAAUCCGAACGAUGAAUUUAACGCACACGGGAGAACUUGGAUACGUCCUUUACAUUCCUAAUGAGUUUGCCCUCCACGUUUACCAAAAACUAAUCGACCGUGGAGCAAAAUAUGGAAUAAAACACGCUGGCUAUUACGCAACAAGAGCUCUACGAGUCGAAAAAUUCUACGCCUUCUGGGGUCAGGAUCUCGACACUUUCACAACUCCUCUAGAAUGCGGAAGGGCCUGGAGAGUUAAAUUCGACAAAGACAUUGACUUCAUCGGAAGGGAGGCUCUUUUGAAACAAAGGGAUAGAGGCGUUAGGCGGAAGUAUGUUCAGCUUUUAUUUACCGAUCACGAUCUUGAAAUCGAUCCUUGGGCUUGGGGUGGUGAACCCAUUUACAGAAAUGGAAAACUUUGUGGAAUGACCACAACCACCGCUUAUGGAUUCACCUUCAAAAACCAGAUAUGUCUCGGAUUCGUUCAAAAUAUUAAUUCGAAAGGACAAGAGGAAGAAGUAACGAACGAAUACAUUAUCUCGGGGGAUUACGAAGUGGACGUCGCAGGAAUCAGAUUCCAUGCAAAAUGUCAUCUUCACAGUCCAAAUUUGCCAACCAAGUUCCCUGAUAAAGAACGCGAUUCUUAUCACGCAACUCGCGAUCAGCAAGCUGUGUAAAUUUUAACCUUCUAUUAUUCUCAAUGUGCUAUUUAUUACACUAAUCAUUAAUUAAUCUGAUGUACACAGAAAAAUUGUAAUUAUUUA